AUGGGCGACGGUGUGGAGGCGCCGGCCCCAGCACGACCUGUGCCAACCUCUGGACAAAACGGAGGCCAACCCCACCUUAUCAUAGCAUUCAGCGAUGAAACCAGCACGCCACAAAGCGACCUGAACCGCGGCCCACAGAACUCCGCGCUCAAGCGGGUUCAAACCAACGCGAACAUUCUUCGGACGAUUGACAAACGCGCACAAGUGAUCAUCCGCUUCGAGAAUGUAUGCGCUUGGGUCCCGACUCUGGUCCUUCCUGGAGGUCAGGGGAGGCGGCCGUUCUUCAGCUCUUGCGUAGGCAAGCGCAAUGCGGACGAUGAGGUUAAGCCCCAGGCCGCCAAGGAGCGCCAAAUCCUUUUCAACAUUUCCGGCGAAGUCAACCCGGGAGAGGUAGGCAAAGAAACGUUGCUUUGGAGCUGUCAGGUCCCCGCCCACCUUCCCUCAGAUAAAAUUACGCGCGAAUAG